AUGGAGGUCGUUGCGGCUGUUGUCGUUUGUACCGUGGCGCCUUUCAUCUAUACAUCUUUGAGGAGUUAUCUACCCACAAGGGUGAACUGCUGGUUUUGCCAACAUGACCAACGUGUCCCAUACGAGCAGAGAAAUUCGUUUAUUUGUUCGAAUUGCGAACAGUACAAUGGUUUUGAUGCGUCUGGCGGAUACAACAAGAAAAUUCCUGGGCAGCACUGUGUUAUAGCUGCGAAACCAGCGAAUCGAUUCUGCACACCGUCAAGAAGCGCUUUCACACGACCGGAUGUUGUACCACAGGAAGGAUUUGGCAGUAAUGGACUCUGCGACCAGUGCAAUCGACAACAGGAAAUCAUAAUGCGAAAGAUAGCCGCAUUUGAACCUUUAAAUGAGGAUCGUUGGAACGAAGAACUAGAUGACUAUCGCUACAAACUCAACAAAAUCUACCCAUUGUGCGCAAAGUGCACAUUUUUCGCUCAGAAUAAGAUGCAGGAGGAAAAGAAAAAGCAUGCUGAUCUUAUUGCAUUGAAAAAUCGCGUCGCCAAUUCGAUAGUUUCUGGAUUUACUUCGGUCACGAAGGUGGCAGUAAAGGCAGCCGCACGCAGACGUCGACAAUUUUUCGCUGGAGGUCGUGUAACUGAAACUCUUCAUGCUCUUUCAUUUGUUCUAACGGUUCUGCUAUUCUUUCCUCAAUUGAAUCAGUUGCAAGAGGAUGCUGACCUGGAUUUGUUCCGUUUGCCGCCGUUAAUUCGGCUUGCAAUGCCGUCGAUUCUGGUUAGUGCGUAUCAUAUGGUUGGUGGACUCUUGUGCGCUCACACUGUAUCGAUAUGGACGAACAAGUGUCGAGCUACACUACCUGACCUUCUUUUGCCUUUUUUCGCUGGUCUUCAUCUUGCGUCGUUCAGCGUCCCGGAAACAGCAUAUCACGAAGACUUGGCUCUGUUUCGAUGUGCGUUCGCAUCGUUUGAGAUGUUACUGGCAACAGCUGUCACAUUUGUUCCUAGGAAGAAAAUGCACACUAAAAGACCGAAUAGGAUUUUGUCAAGUGCCUUCUCCUUGGCUUCCACGCCAAUGUCUCAGUGUUCAUCGCAAAAUAACAGCUGCAAUAACUCUAUGAUUUCUCCAAACAUGGGUAAUACCGCUGGAGUUGAAGCAUUAUCAACACCACCAUCAGAGUUAUCUAUCCGACAUCGCAUGAAGUGGCGUGAACGUCAGGGAACUCCUGAACCAAUGACGUCGCCAAAACAUACAAAAACUGGAGAAGAUUUCGAGGAUAUGGAUUGGGAACCUGUAUCAGACAGAAUGAAUUCGGUUGCUAGUUCAUCUCAUUCGAUGCGUCCAUCGGAAGUGAUGGCAAGGAUGAUUCGAGAAUCAACUCCUAGCCGUGAAUUGGCUCCAUCAAUGUCGUCGCUGUCGCUGUUAUGUGGCAAAAAGUCUUCGGCUAGAAGCGAUUUAGGACUAUCUACAAGAAAAGGUGUUCUGUGCUCCAGUAGUGGAUUCGGACCUACCCGUUCCUACGCACCAUCGCUGGCUCGCUCGAAGUUUUCUUUAGCGAAAAGCAAUGUAUCUGGCCUACCAUCCAUCCGCUCUAUGCGCCGUGAGGAUUCUCCGGCGAGAUCCACAUUUACAUCCAUUUCUCAACGAGAAGAACAAACAAGAAGUCCUUGGAUUACGCUUCUUCUGGUUACAAUAGCAGUAAUUAGCUUCAUGGUUAAUAUCGGUUUGUUCUACAUGAAAUCUAUUACAAAUCGCGAUACCUCAUCUAUGGCGUUUGAUCCGUUAUUGAUUGGAUGCGUAAGGAGGAUCGCGCAGGUCUACCAUGCUGCUACGGGUGCUGCUAUCAGCAGCACUAGUGGCUUGUGUGGUCACACAUGUGUUAACACCAACUCCACGUGCGGUGAACACAACGGACAACCGAUAAACGAAGUGUACUGCUCACUUACUGGUUCCACUCAAUACUCUCCUCUAAAUUAUUACUCAUAUCAGGAAGACACGACCAAUUCGUUACCACUUGCCGAACUAAGGCAAGAACGUGAAGCGUUUAUUCAGGGUGGACACGGAUGUGGACACUGUAUGGCUGGUACUGUAAACGCACAUCCAGCGGAGAAUAUGGUUGACGGUAACACGAGUUGGUGGCAAUCUCCACCGUUGUCGAGAGGAAUGGAAUUCAAUCACGUUAAUAUUACCAUCGAUCUUGAACAGGAGUUCCAUGUCGCUUACGUAUGGAUCCAAAUGGCGAACAGUCCCAAGCCUGGGACAUGGAUUCUUGAACGCUCCACUGACUAUGGGAAAACUUUCCAACCAUGGUACUUCUUCGCGGAAACACCAGCUGAGUGCAUGAGGCAAUUUGGUAUGGAAUCGUUGUCACCAAUUUCCGAGGACGAUCGUGUGAUCUGUCGUUCCGAUUUGGCAGGCAUCCACCCAUUGGAGAACGCUGAAAUGGUUAUCAAAAUUUUGGAACAUCGCCCAAGUCGAAACAAAUUUUCCUCGUCAGAAGCUCUCCAGAAUUUCACAAGAGCUACAAACGUCAGGAUUCGUCUACUUGGUACAAGAACUUUACAGGGACAUCUGAUGGAUUUGAAUGACAGAACGGAUCCUACUGUGACGAGAAGGUAUUUCUACUCAAUCAAAGAAAUCCUCAUGGGUGGACGUUGUGUAUGCAAUGGACAUGCUGGCACCUGUGACAUUCUUGACCCAAGAAGGCCUCGUGCUUUACUGUGCAGAUGCGAGCACAACACUUGCGGUGACAUGUGCGAACGUUGUUGCCCAGGAUUUGAGCAAAAGAAAUGGCAGCCAACAACUGCUCACAAUAAUUUUACUUGCGAACCAUGCAAUUGUUUCGGUCGUUCUGAUGAAUGUGUGUAUGAUGAGGAUGUGUUUGUCAAUCGGUUGUCACUUGAUAUCCACGGUAAUUACGAAGGUGGCGGUCGUUGUUUGAACUGUAGAGAUCAUACCGAAGGAGUGAACUGUAAUAAGUGCGUAUUCGGCUACUACCGUCCCAAAGGAGUCCGAUGGAACGAUACUAUGCCAUGCAAACCGUGUGCAUGCGAUCCGAACAAGCAUACUGAGGAUUGUGAGGAGGAGACCGGCAAGUGCUACUGCCAACCUAGGUUUGAGGGUGAAAACUGUGACAAAUGCGCCAAAGGAUACUACGAUCCACCAGAAUGCAAGAAAUGUGAAUGUGCUGUCGAAGGGACUGUUGGAGAUGUUUGUUUGCCUGAAAACGGACAAUGCCCGUGCAAGCCUGGUUUCGGUGGGACGUUCUGUGAGACGUGUGAACCUGGGUUUACCAACGUGACAGCUGGAUGCAAGGAAUGUCAAUGUGAUGAAACUGGUGCUGCCCACUCGAAUUGUUCUGCAGAAACAGGACAAUGUGUAUGCAAACCAUCGUUCAGCGGAUUAAUGUGUGACCGAUGUCAAUCAGGGUUCUUUGGAUUCCCGAACUGCACAUUCUGUAACUGUGAUCCGCUCGGAACCGAAGGCGGAGUUUGUGAUCCUCAUUCUGGACAAUGUAUGUGCAAAGAUGGGUUCUACGGUGAGAAAUGUGAUCAGUGCGACAUUGGAUAUUACGGAUACCCGAACUGCAAAGAAUGCAACUGCAUGGGCGCAGGUGCUAAAGCUUUGGAGUGCGAUGCUGCUACCGGGCAAUGUCCAUGUUAUGCAAAUUUUACAGCGAGAACUUGCGAUAAAUGUGCUGUAGGAUUCUACGAUUAUCCUAAUUGUAAAGCUUGUAGCUGCCUAAUCGAGGGAGCCAAAGGUCAAGCCUGUGACAACAAGGGAAAUUGUUAUUGCAAAGGAAAUUUCGAGGGAGAAAGAUGUGAUAGAUGUAAACCGAAUUUCUACAAUUUCCCAGCAUGUGAGGAGUGUAAUUGCCACCCAGCUGGUGUUACCCUUGACUUUGCUGGAUGCGACAAGGUACAACCGGGAGAACUGUGCUCUUGCCGUAAGAAUGUCGAUGGUCGGAUUUGUGACCAAUGCAAGCCAACAUUUUGGGACCUUCAAUACCACCACCCUGAUGGAUGUAUCGAAUGUGACUGCCACUUGAAUGGAACUCUUUCUAUGUCUAACACAUGCGAUAUGAGAUCAGGGCAGUGUGUCUGUAAACGAAAUGCAGGUGGCCGACGAUGCGACAAAUGCGCCGAUGGAUUCUACAAUUUGCAAGGGUUCAACCAGCUCGGAUGCGAACCAUGCAAUUGUGAUAUUGGUGGUGCGUUGCGUGCAGAUUGUGAUGGGGUUAGCGGUCAGUGUCGCUGCCGUCCGAGAGUAACUGGUCUGCGAUGUGAUAAACCCAUAGAAAAUCAUUAUUUUCCAACAUUGUGGCAUCACCAGUAUGAAGCCGAAGACGGUCAUACCGACGAUAACAGACCCGUUCGUUUUGCCGUUGAUGAGGAUCAGUUUCCAAACUACAGUUGGCGUGGAUAUGCAGUAUUCUCACCAAUUCAGGAAAAGAUUAUUCUGGAUAUCGAUGUUGCGAAGUCUUCGGUGUACAGGCUUCUGUUCAAAUACCACAACCCAACUACCGUGCCCAUCAAUGCUAUUGUGAGUGUCGCUCCAAGGAUGACACACACUCAAGACAUUGAACAAUCUGAAAAGGUCGUUUUUCCGCCAACAAACGCUCCUGCAGUAAAAGAAGUAACCGUAGCAGGAAAACCAUUUAUUCUGAAUCCGGGUAAAUGGUCGAUCAGCAUCGCUACCAAGCAGCGCUUGUUCUUGGACUUUGUCGUCGUACUGCCUGCUGAGUACUAUCUUGGCACUGUACUUAAAGAAAGGGCAGCAGAACCAUGUGAAGCACAUACUGCUCAUAAUACAACCUGUGUGGAUUUGUUAUACCCACCUAUGGCGGUUGCUGCGCGUGCUGACGUAAAUGAGCAGAAAGAUACAUUCAAGGAAGUGAAAAUUGAUGGAACAACAAGUGAUCUGAACACGGUACCGGUAGAAAUAUUGCCUGAAAUUAUCGGAACUGCAGCUCAUGUUCAAGCAGGAGAGGAUGAAGAAGUGAUCGAAACAAACAUUGAAGUCCCAGAAGACUACGAUUAUACCGUGGUUGUGGAGUACCACAAUCCAGACAAGUACCAAGUUCCUCUUACGCUAGAUAUCACCCAGGAUGGCGAGGAAAAACUCAACGGAUCCAUUACUAUACAUCAUUGUCCAUUUGCGACGUUUUGCCGUGAAGUGGUUACCGAGGAUGGAAAAGUUGCGAGUGUACUGUUAACGAAGGGAACAGCUACCGUACAGUUACAUAUUCCACCGAUGACCCAGUUCGGCAUAGCUGCUGUGAAUCUAAUAGCGAAGAAUAGAUGGACUAAUGAAUAUCUUCAGCAGGUGCCAGUGUGUGUCCGAAAAGACGGCAAAUGUGUUCCACAACAGCACCCACCAGCUGGUAAUUCUAUAGCGACGGAAGCCGAGGCCGGUGCCAACCAGGAAAAUGCUAUUUCCGGCGACAAAUUACCAUUUCCCAUUGCUCAUCCUAAAGAAGUAACCGUUGUCCCGUUGGAUGAUAGUCAGGGUACUCUCGAAAUGAGCGGAGUUGUGCCUGGACGUGGACACUACAUGUUCCUUGUGCAAUACUUUAAUCCAGACAACACACCUUUGGAUAUAGGUGUACUCCUGCAAAAUGACCAUUACUACGAGGCGGUCGUCCCGCUCGCGUACUGCCCAUCAGUCAGUGGUUGUCGUGCGUUAAUUAGGGACAAGGAGAAGCCGGAGGUGAUCCAGUUCUGGAUGGAAGAUAAGUACAUUGCAACUUUGUAUCACAACACUUCCCAAAAAGGACCGGUCUUUAUUGACUCAAUUACUGCUGUGCCGUUCCAUUCUUUCCAUGAAAACCUUAUGACUCCUCUGCCAAUCGAUCUCUCGUCGGAAUUCAUUCAGCAGUGCAGCUCCGAUUUUUAUCAGAACGACCCUGAAAAUGUGACCGACUUCUGCCGUGAGAAAAUCUUCUCCCUCACGACCGAAUUCAAUGCAGCGGCCUUUUCAUGCGAUUGUAAUGCUAGGGGAUCAGAGUCGUUCUGUUGUGACGAAUACGGUGGACAGUGCAAAUGUAAAGCGAAUAUCAUUGGACGACGUUGUGAGAGAUGUGCGCCUGGAUACUUCAACUAUCCGGAAUGCAUAAAAUGCAAAUGCAGCAUUGGGCAACAGUGUGAUGAACAGACUGGACAGUGCUUCUGCCCUCCACACGUUGAGGGUACAUCUUGCGACAAAUGUGUGAGCUACGCAUUCGGUUACGAUCCACUGAUUGGUUGUCAGAAGUGUGGAUGCCAUCCACAGGGGUCGGAAGGUGCAUCGUUACAAUGUGAUCCAAAUAGUGGACAGUGCUUGUGCCGUGAGUCCGUCGGUGGACGCCAGUGUGAUCGCUGUCUUCCUGGAUUUUAUGGAUUCCCACAUUGUUACGCAUGUCGUUGUAACACGGCAGGAACAACCGAGGAGAUUUGCGAUCCAUCGAAUGCACGAUGCACUUGCAAGGAAAAUGUUGCUGGACGCGAGUGCGAUACUUGCAAACCGGGCACAUUUGAUCUAUCAGCCGGAAAUCCGAAGGGAUGUAUCAACUGUUUCUGCUUCGGUACUACCGAUCAAUGCAGAUCCAGCAUGUUCCCGGUCUCAAUUACCUCAUUUGAUAUGUCUGGAUUCACCGUCGAUGAUCCGGUGGGUAACCUCACAGUUGAGGAAGACAUUGUCACCUACACAGCGGAUGAAGGAUCGCCGGCUAGUGUGUACUUUAACGCACCAAUAACUCAUGGAUCAGACUAUACAAGCAGUUAUGGCUUAACACUGUACUUCCAAAUGUCUUCACAUCCGCAAGAAGGUAAACAUGUGAUGAGCUCUGAUGCAGACGUACGGCUUUACGGAAAUAAUAUGACAGCCGAGUUUUGGGCUCCUGAACAGCCAGCACACCCUGAAGAGGCGUUCAGCGUCAGGGUGAAGUUGUUGCCGGAAAACUUCUUGUUAUCAACUGGUCAGCCGAUAACACGUAGUGAACUGAUGAUGAUUCUGCACUCGCUGGAAAAUAUUACUAUCAAAGCGUCCUACUACAAUAACCCGAAGUCAGCUCAGCUUGUUGAGUUCGGUUUGGAGGUUUCUGGAGAGAAUUUCCCUCCAUCAGUCAUUAGUGCGUCCUCUGUGGAACAGUGUGCCUGUCCUGCUCCGUACACUGGUGCCAGCUGUCAGCACUGCGCUCCUGGGUACUACAGGGUGGAAACUGGGUCUUACCUAGGUGCAUGUGUGCCGUGUGAGUGUAACGGACAUUCAGGAUCAUGUGAUCCAGACACAGGUGUUUGUUUCGAUUGUCAACAUAGUACUCACGGAGACCAUUGUGAAUUGUGUGAAGAAGGGCAUUAUGGAGAUGCAACAGAUGGCAGUCCGUACUCUUGUAUGCCAUGUCAAUGUCCAUUCUCACCGACGAACAAUUUCGCGACCGGCUGCCAGGUAUCUGAAUAUGGACAGCUCUUGUCGUGUAACUGUAAGCCGGGCUAUACUGGGGAUCGUUGUGACAGAUGUGAUGCUGGCUACUUCGGUGAACCUCAGAGACCAGGUGGAUCGUGUCAACCAUGUGAUUGUAAUAACAACAAUAACUUGACGGAUUCGAGAGCGUGUCAUCCAAUAACUGGAGACUGCUAUCUUUGCGAAAAUAACACUGAUGGUCGACGUUGUGAAUGGUGUGCACCAUGGUUCCACGGAGAUGCAAUCACAGCGAAAAAUUGUACGGCAUGCGCAUGCGAUCAGUGCGGCUCAACCGUCUGCGAUAAUAAAGCUGGCACAUGUGAAUGCAAACCAAAUGUGGAAGGCACGAAUUGUGACAGAUGCUUGCCGGAUUACUGGGGCUUUUCCCGUUGUUCCGGAUGUCAUCCAUGUCACUGCGGCAUAGCAUCAUCUUCCACCCAAUGUGAUGGGGAAACUGGCCAAUGCUCGUGUAGACCAGGUGCAGCUGGAUUGCGAUGUGAACAUUGUGAACAUGGUUUCUGGAAUUAUGGAGAGUACGGAUGUCAAAAAUGUGACUGUGAGGCUGACUUAUCUCUGGGUACAGUAUGUGACGUACGCACUGGACAAUGUCACUGUCAGGAAGGAGCCACCGGCGCUAGAUGUGAUCAAUGCUUGCAGUCCUAUUUACGGAUUCCCAAAUUUGGAUGCCGACGAUGCGAUGAAUGCGUACAUCAUCUUGUUGCUGAUGUGGACAAUUUUGGUCUCCAGGUUGAUCGACUGAAUAUGUCAAUUUCAAAUAUUUCAUCUGCGACAGUUGUUGGUGCCAGACUUAGCCGCAACUCUAAAAACGUAGCGAAAUACACGGAAAUGGCCGACUUACUCUCUGGAGACGAGUACAACAACUUCGUAGGUGACGCUAGGGCAACUUUAAGCAACAUGUCGUUACUGUUCAACUCAGCAGAUAGGACAUUUGCUGUUACCGGCGACGAUGUAGAGCGCACAAUGAACCUUACGGAUGAAGCUGGAGAAGUCCUACAAGACAUCCGUAGACGAGCAGCGGAUGCUUCUGGUGCUGUAGACCUUGCGAAGAAUUUGGUAGCUUCCCUUGGAAGUCACUCAUCCGCUUUGUUAAUCGAUCCAAAAUGGAUCGAAGAUGCUGAGGAGACGCUGCAUAAUUUGGAAGUGGUGACAACAGAUGGUGCACCAAAACAGGCCUCCGAGGCUACUGCGGCUGUGCAAAGCGCUCAAGAGAAGCUGAGAGAGCGUAGUGAAAGAAUCGAAAACAUGAAUAAGAGGGUUGAGGAUGCUAAGAAAAAGAACGAAAAAAUCGCGGAUUAUUUGAGCGAUGCUCAGCACUUACUAAAGGAUUCCCGUAAGAAUUCCGACGAAUCGCGUAAGAGUGCCACCGGAGUGUCUACAGUAAGACUGGAAGGUCUCAUCAAAGCUCUAGCAGAUGGACGUGAGAAGGCUGUGGAUGAGCACAGAAUAGUCAGCGAAACACUUCUAGAGGUGAAAAAUCUCACUGAGCAAGCAAAGGACUCUCGUGAAGCUAUCGGGAACUCAGUGGCGAACAUUGCAGAAAUCCGGGCUGAACUUGCUGAAGCAACCGAAACUAAAAGGGAUAAGCGAGCAGCUCCGGCUCCGAUCGAUAAGACAACUCUCAACAAAAAAGUUGAAGAACUAGAAACUGAAGCAAACCGACUCAACGAGACUUUUGGGAGCACUCGACUCGAAUCUCAGAACGCUGUGGAGGCAGCAACAGCUUACAGUAACCUUACGGAAUCUCUGAAAACGGCUCAUGAAAAAGCGCAGUGGACAGUAGAUGAAAUAGCUAAACUCGGUGAAGGUCUUAAGGAAGAGAAGGAUAACGUGAAGAAGGCUCUGAACGAGUCUGCUGUUUUGCUACGUCAAACGUCUAAUCUUCACCAAAGUACUCUGAAUGGGCUCAAGAAGGAAGCUAUCGACACAGAGAAGAGAACUGAGAAGUUGUUGACGACGGUCGACGGAAUGCGUCGUGCCCUUGAGGGAAUGCGUACGUCAAUUAAAUCACCAUUGAACGACUCCACAUUUGCAGAUGUGGAAAAAUCAGCUGAUCAUGUGAAUAGCUUACUCAUUGAUUCGGACAAGAUGUUAAAUACGUCGCGGAAUCGUAUAGGUGAGCUGAAAACAGCCACUGAUGCUGCAGUAUCGGAAGCAACCGAAGCACUACAGGGUAUAAAAACUACGAGAAGCAAUGUUAAGGAGCUAUCUACAUUAGUUCCAAACCUGGUAUCAUCCUAUGAUAAAAUGCGCCAAAUGGCUGGUAAUCGCACGAUGAAGGUGGAAGCUUGUACGGACAAAAUAGCAUCGAUUAAAGAAUUAAUUGCGGUGGCAAGGGAUGCGGCUAAUAGAAUCAAACUGGGAGCUCAUUUCGAACGUGGAAGUUCUCUAGAUUUGGCAAUGCCGCACAAAGUUGCACGAUCAGCGGCACAUACUGAUAUUGCGUUCCAUUUCCGAACAACAAAGGAUCACGGUAUUCCGCUAUUCUUCGGAAAUGAAGAAGGAUCUGCUGGAACACGUGCGGUACCUACUGAUGACUACAUUGCUGUAGAAAUUGAAUACGGUAAACCAAAGAUCACUAUCAACUUAGGAGACAAGCCACUGUUGAUCCAGUUGGACACCCAUGUUUCUGACAAUCAAUGGCGUCAAUUAAGUGUGGAACGUAUAGGGAAAUCAGCUACUGUGAAACUUUAUGCACCUAAUAGCGACCAGGUGGAGGAAGAAAAGAAAGCUACUGCAGAAGGCAACAAGAGUAUUCUAAACCUGCAUCAGACGAUGAGCCGUUUGUUUGUUGGAGGAAUUCCACCGGGUAGCAAGAUUGCAAACGAAGUGCGCAAUCGCGACUAUGAAGGAGAUAUCGAGGAUCUCACCCUCCAUGGUGAACCAGUUGGCUUGUGGAACGCGAAAUCUGCAGGAGUGAGGGCAGUAAAAGGCGCCACACCUCGUCCCCGUACAAAAGAAUUGAUGGCUCUCCCAGGAGUUUCUCUUGAUGGAGAAGGCUAUCUUGUCUACCAGAUGGGCUACUGGAAUCCACGAAAAAGAGCAGUGAUAUCGCUACAGUUCCUCACAUUCUCACCCGAUGGUCUUCUAUUCUUCAUUGGGAAAGACCGCGACUUCUUUGCUAUCGAAUUGUCCGCUGGAAGUGUGAAGCUUUCUCUCGAUUUCGGAUCUGGUGUAGGACAGUGGCUUGCUGAUGCGGUACCCUAUAACGACGGAAAAUGGCACACUGUAUCCGUGAUCAGGGAUGGACGUCAUGUGAAGAUGGACGUAGAUGGUGCAACGGUUGCUGAAGGAGAUGCUCCAGGAGAGAUGUCCGAUCUUGGUGUUACUGAUUACUUCUACAUUGGAGGAACGCCUUCCGGAGUUAAUACACGUUCACCAAUCGAGCCGUUCCGUGGUUGCAUCAAAUCCGUUCGUCUUGGAUCUGAUGAAAUGAAUUUAUACGCUAGUCAUGCCAGUAAAGGUGUAAGGAAUGCAUGCCCGUUGGGAACAGUAAGCACAGUAUCAAUUCUAUCCGAUCGAUCAUCAGCAGUGUUCGAGAAUAUAACAGCAGCGGAUGAAAUGGACGUUUCGUUAAGAUUUAAGACUCGUAGACCAACAGGAACAUUACUCACAAUUCAAUCAGAGGAAGAUGAUCUACUGGCGCUAAAAAUUGAGGAUGGAGUACUCGUUGCCUUUGCUGGCGAUGACAAGGCAUCGCUGGAACUCGCAUCAGCUGCAGAUGAGCAAUGGCACUACGUGUCAGUACGAAAGACAAAGGAGAUCUUGAGAGUUGAUGUUGAUGAUUUACACUCAAAAGAAGAGAAAAGACGUAAUGGUGAUGAAGUGACUCCGGGUGAGAUGGCCAAAAUUUUGUUCGGUCGUCAUGAUGGUUCAUCCUUUGUUGGUUGCGUAGGAGAUGUGUCGUAUAAUGGACAAUUACUUGAUUUUGCUAAGGCCAAAAUCAACGAAAUAUCUCUUACUGGAUGUUCAUUAGCAGCAGACGUUAUCAAAACGACAUUGAUGCCUGCCGAAACCACUCCGAUUACUUCUGAGGAGCCUGCAAAAUUGGUUACUGAAACCACAUCAACUGUAGCGCCUACUGAAGCUGAGGCAAUUCCGGAUGGAGCUUGCGCAUUACGUCUGGAUCCUAUCCAAUACAAAGAUGAGGUAGACGGAAAUCGAUUCGGACUUCAACCGAACAGCCGUUUGGAAUAUGAGAUUGUCCCUGAUUCGUUCGAUAAGAGUGGAACCUUCUCGCUUCAACUUCGUCCGACUGCCUCGAACGGAGUGAUCUUCUUUGCUACUAACGACAAACACACGGAUCACAUUGGACUAUUCCUCCUCAAUGGUCGAGUUGUCUUGUCGUUUGACACGGGGGCUGGACAGACAGUGAUCCGCUCGAACCGGUCAAUUCUUACUGGAGAAUGGCAUUCAGUGAAAGCUUCUCGACGUGGAAACGAAGGAUCGCUUGUGGUGGAUAACGAAUCAGCCGAAGCUAUCGUAUCGGCUGGAACGGAUGCAAUUGACACUCAACCACCACUGUAUCUUGGUGGUAUUCCAACUGAGUUGGCUAGUUAUGCACGAACGAUUUUGCCGGGUGUACGAUCCGAGUUUGGAGGUUGCAUUAAAGAGUUCAAGUUGAACGACAAAAAAUUCGAAACGGUAUCCCGAGAGCAUGGAGUUGGAGAAUGCAACACUAGAACAGAAAGUGGUUUAUACUUUGGAAAAGAGGGAGGCUACGCAGUUCUCAAAAAAGAAUUCCAAGUCGGUCAAUCAUUUUCCGCUGAGAUGGAAGUCCGUCCGCGCACGAAGAAUGGCGUUUUGUUUUCUGUGGGUGUCGUAGAAUAUCUGACUGUGCAGUUUUUGGACGGUACUGUAAAGUUCACAGUGGAUAGCGGAUCCGGUCCCGAAUCCUUAGUCUAUACCCCUCCAGCUGAUAAUGUUCUAUGCGAUGGACAUUGGCAUUCGAUCAAGAUAAUGAAGAAGAAGAAUCUCAUGACAUUAACAGUAGAUGGUAAAAGCAAUUUGAACAUAAUGAAGAAGAGUAAGAAACCGGAAACAAUGACGAAAGAUCCGAUAUACCUAGGAGGUGUUCCGGAGUCUGUUGUUAACAAAGGCCUGGAAACCAGAGAACCUUAUGUUGGAUGCGUCCGUAUUAUGAAUCUUGGCGGAGGGAAGAAGGACAAGAACAGAAUGAAGAAGCAGUUGGACGUGUCAAAGCUGGAAGUGUUCGGAGAUGUCAACAAGCAGGAAUGCCCUCUUGACUGA